UUAUUUAUAAAAGGUUAAAACUAGAAUUGUAGGGGGCUCUCAAGAAAUGAGAACUCCUCCAAAAAUUGGUGUAUGCCACUAAAUGCAAUGCACACACGGUAUUCUUUAGUAAAAGGCGAAAGAAUAGUUCACUUUGUGCUCACUGCGUGGGUUUAGCUUCUGUAUUAGUGAUGCAUUUUAUAUUGUACAUUAAGUUUGGAUUCACCUUCUAUUACCAAUGUGGUACUUUACCUAUGAAAGGGAAGAAUAAUAAAAAAUAAUAAUUUCAAAUCUAACACAAGUUAUAAAAUAUUAAUACUAAUUUUUAGGGGUUAAGAUUAUGUUGUACAUUUUGAAUUUUGCAAAGACCGCAACGACAUACAACUACAUAAUCAAUGUAAUCUACAAAAAACAAAAAAAACUUUAUGUGUAACAGUAAAAUUAAUAAAGAGUGAAUGCGAUAAAAUCGAUAUCUCCGUCAUUUUGUUCAAGAUUAUAAAUUCUCUUGUGCUGCCGUUACAAAGAUUCUUAUAUGCAUGACUUUUUUCAUGACAAAAGGACAACAAAAUCUAGUCUCCAUCAAGUUAACAAAGAUGCCCCAAGGCAUUUGUCUUGUGCUCUCAUCCGCGGACUUCUCGUGGACAGUCAACGUUGACAUGAAACAUAAAUUUUAGAGAUGUCUAGAUGAUUAUUUGGUAAGCUAGAGUGUUCAUCGACUUACACAAUAAAGACGAGUUAACGUGUAUAGAUGUGCAUAUACGUAAUCAAUCAGAGUGUUUACUUACUAGAGAACAAAUUUGAGUGCCUUGUUUAUGUCAUAUAGCCAAAAAUAACCCCAACACAAAUUCAACUGUUGUUGUUACCUUGUUAGAUAAAAACCAAGCAUCUUCAAUAAAACAAGUUAAAAAUUCUCUUGGGAGAUCACGAAUUAACCAUUAAUAAUUUAUCCAUACACCAAUAUUUGUCACACUAUAAAUAGUUCUAUUUUUUAACCCUUUCUUCACCCCUUCACCAACAUAACUUAUACCACUACACAGAACGUCUAACGAUCUUAUAAUAACACUCACCAAACACAACUCAAACAAAGACGUAAAAAAAUGAAGAUGAACACUAGUCCAAAAGUUUCCAUUCUCAUCAUCCUCACACUAAUUUCAUGUGCCAUAGCACAACCUUCGUCGUGCAACCCUAGUGGGAAGAUUGAAGGCAUAAAACCACCACCAGGGAAAUGCAAAAUAGGCUAUCAAUCAGAAUGUUGCAAGCCUGGAAAGUCGUACACAACUUACAAGUGCUCGCCUUCCAUUUCAGGCAAGACGAAAGCAGUUCUAACUAUCAACAGUUUCCAAAAAGGCGGUGAUGGUGGUGGAAAAUCCGAAUGUGACAACAAGUACCAUUCAGAUAACACACCGGUGGUUGCACUCUCAACAGGUUGGUUCAGUGGCGAAAAGAGGUGUAUGCAGAACAUAACAAUUUAUGGGAACGGUAGGAAAACGAAUGCUAUGGUUGUCGAUGAGUGUGAUUCCACAAUGGGAUGUGACCAUGUUCAUGACUAUCAACCACCCUGUGCUAACAACAUUGUUGAUGCGUCCAAAGCUGUUUGGAAGGCAUUAGGAGUACCUAAGAAGCAAUGGGGAGAACUUGAUAUAUUCUGGUCUGAUUAAUGAACAUGAUUUUGCAAGCCUAAUAGCAAGAUUAAGGCAAAAAAUCCGCCCAACGGGCAUUGUAACAUAGAAGAAGAUGAUAUAUGUUGCAUCAAAGACAAAAUAUACACUACUUACAAAUGUUCACCUCAAGUGUCUAGCAAGACCAAAGCAAUUCUCACAUUGAAUAGUUUCGAAAAGGGUGGAGAUGGAGACGGAGAUGGACCAUCAAAAUGUGAUAACAAGUAUCAUUUUGAUGAUACACAUGUUGUAGCUCUUUCAACUGGUUGGUACAAUGGAGAAGGGAGAUGUCUUAGAAACAUAACGAUAAAUGGUAAUGGAAGAAGCGUAAAUGCCAUGGUUGUGGAUGAAUGUGAUUCGACUAUGGGUUGUGAUGAGAAACAUGAUUAUCAACCACCAUGUAGAAACAACCUUGUUAUCGCUUCACAAGGCGUUUGGAGAGCCUUACGUGUGCCUAUCAACGAAUGGGGUGAGUUGGACAUAACUUGGUUCGAUGAAUAGAUGCAGAGGUAGAUCCAGAAUUUGAAAUUGUAUUCAUGGUUUGUGUAACUUUAUUGUAUUUACUCUAACACCAAAAAAACAUUUAUUAUAUUAAUCAUGGUUGUGUAACUUGUUGAAGAACUAUAGUGACUAAUUAACAGUCAAAUUACAAGUAGUAUUUGUUGAA